AGUCGAAAUGAUAGGCGGAGAGAGGGAAGAAAAAAAAACUGCCAGCGCGGCCGGACCGAGCCGGCUUCUCGCUUCAUGCCGGGGGUCGUUUUUUUGCAUCCUAUAUUUUGUUUUCCUCUUCUUUUUGUUCUUUUAAAAAAACAAAAAAGAAACCCGGUGAUAAACAAAGGAGAUGAGGGGACUCCUGCCGUUUUACCGGGGCUUGUGCACCCCGAGUAACCGUCAAGCCAGACGAAAAGCUGCGAUUGUCGGUUCUCGGUGCGGGUUUUGCGGAACUCGGGCUCACGGCAAGCCACAGCCCCGCUUCGGUCUGCUGUUCGACAUCGACGGCGUGCUCGUCCGGGGAAGGCAGCCGAUCCCCGCUGCGAAGAAGGCGUUCGAGAAGCUGGUCGACUCCCGGGGACAAUUUGUGGUGCCGGUGGUUUUCGUCACGAAUGCCGGGAACUGCCUCCGACAAACGAAAGCAGACCAGCUCGCUCACAUCCUGGGAAUACCUAUUACACAAGAUCAAGUCAUCCUGUCCCACAGCCCCCUGAGGAUGUUUAAAAAGUUUCAUGACAAGUGUGUGCUGGUGUCCGGACAGGGACCCGUCCUGGAAAUUGCUAAAAACGUGGGCUUUAACAACGUGAUCAGCGUUGAUAUGCUGAGGGAGUCGUUCCCACUGCUGGACAUGGUGGAUCACAACAGGAGGCCCAAACUGCCGUCCAGUCUUGUCGGCAACCUUCCUAAGGUUGAAGCCGUGGUCCUGUUCGGGGAGCCCAUUCGAUGGGAGACCCACCUGCAGCUGAUCGUUGACAUUCUGUUGACCAACGGUAACCUGAGCAGUGUUCACCAACCCCAGAAGAUGCCCCACCUCCCCCUGCUGGCCUGCAACAUGGACCUCAUGUGGAUGGCCGAGGCCCACUCUCCACGGUUUGGCCACGGGACAUUUCUCGUGUGCCUGGAGAACAUCUACAAGAAGAUAACGGGUAAAACCCUGAAGUACGAGGCGCUCAUGGGGAAACCCAGUGAGCUGACCUACCACUUCGCAGAGUACCUCAUCAGAAGCCAGGCCAUGCAGAGGCAGUGGAAGCUUCCCGUCACGUCCCUUUACGCUAUAGGGGAUAACCUCAUGACCGACAUCUAUGGCGCCAAUCUAUACAACCGCUACCUGGAGGAGAGAGUCGCCAUAAAGAACCCCCAAGCCGUCGCUCAGAUGGCGGGGUCCACCACGGCGGUGCCCCGGGGGGAAGGCAGCGUCAAUCUGUGGGAGAGCGAGCUGGCGCUGCCCUCUGCCACGUCCUGCAAGUCCUUGCUGGUCUGCACGGGGGUCUACAACCCCAACGUGGAGGUGCCGUCCGACGCCAGCCACUCCAUCAAAGAGACCGUGUUCCACGGGCACCGGGACUUCCGGUUCGACCCCGCCCUGGUGGAGCCCGACCACAUCGUGCAGGACGUGGCGGAGGCCGUCGAGCGCAUCCUGGAGCAGGAGAAGUUCGUGACUCAGUAGAGUCGAGCCGGCAGGGAGGGGGGGGUCGGGGGGGUUCUGUGUGAUCGUGGAGGUCCGAGUAGAGAGGGGGGAGGGGUUAAAGUGGGGGUGCCACCUCAACACUGUGGACAUUGUUCUACGUUGACAAAUUAUGGGUCAGCUUCUAAACGUUGGGAGAAAAAUGAAUCGUGUAAACUGUUACUCUCAACCGCUCUUUUAUAUAGUUUUUCUUUGUGAUAGUCUUUAUCUGUUUUUGAUCAAGGGAACUUUUUAAGGGAGCUGCCUUAUUUGGAACCCGACUAAGUAUUUUUUUAGACGAUAGUCAUCUUUUUAGAUAAUUGCACAAAAAAAAUCCUGAAAUCAUCCUAUAUUUAUUACAAGACUUUAACAGUGUUUUUAAGAAGCGUAUUCAGAUCAUAACGGGUGCCCUUUUGUUCUCAAGGUUUUAUUGCAUUUGUAGUCAUUUGUUAACCCAUUUAUCCUGGAAAAAAAAAAAUCUAUGCAUGUCUAUGAGAGUAAUACUUGUACUGUAAAAAAAAGAAAACGUUAUAUGUGCAGUAGGCCUAUUGUCCUCUUAAGAUUAAUAUCCGUCUGCAUUUUGUCUCGUUGUGAGAACCUUCAGUAUUUGCACAGAUCAGAGACUUUGAUCUUUGUUCAAUGUUACCAUAUCUUCCUGCCAUAACUUGUUUAUUAUGAUGUAGAUACAAGCACAAUGGCUUUUAUCGCUACAUAUUUCAUAAUUUGUGGUAUUUCUCUCAUUGUAAAUAGCUUAACGUCAGAAAAUAUAAGGAAACUUUGUGAGUUUUUUUGAAUGAAAAAUGGCCGACCGCGGCAUUGAUCGCUCUACAUCCCUUUUUCUUUUCGGAAACAUAAUUAUGUAUUUAGUCCUAAAACCUGGAAAUGAGUUAGCAUUUCUGUUCCCUCGUCUUGAAGUCAAAUGUUUGUUUUUUUAUUGUUUUUUUUGGUUUGAUGACUGAAAGAAGCAUAAGAUAUUUUAACAUUUUGUUCUACAAUAUAAAAUAACGUCAUUAAAUACUAGCCCCUCUCGUGAUUUUUGAAGUUUUACACAUCCUGAUGAAUGGCUAAAUGAGACAACAAGCGCCUUCACAGCCUUGUUGUUGUUGUUGUUUACACUGUGGAAACUAUUGUAGAGUUUAAAAAUAAAACCUGCACAGCAGAACAGACUGAGGUGGAACAAAUCACGUGAAAACAUUGUUUUUAGCAUCAUUUUGAAGAUGAUGGUCUUAACAAAAAGAUUUUAUGAAGCAAAAAGUGAUUAAAUGGAUCAAUAUAUAUUAGCUGACUUCAUAGGUAGAUUAAUACUUCUUUUAAAUGCUACUUAAAAUGAGGUUAUUUAUCUUGUAGUCCAUUUCAAGUGUGUACUAAUAGUGCUGUGAUAUCUUCCAUGCGCCUCAAAAGUUAUAUGAAUAUCAAAAUACGGCUUUUAAAUUGCAACGUUGUCUUUGGCGGAAAUUUCCCACAGACGCCCUUUUUUAAAUCAUCAUGUUGGUUUUGGAAAAUAUGGAACACAAUAGGGAACAACACUUUUUUUUGUACUUUUAGGCC